AUGGGUUUCAUCGAGGACUUUUUCACUUACGAGACUCCGAAAUCAGUGGUUGUCAAAAGCUGGACUGUGGGCCUCAUUAACCGAAUGAUGCAGCUUCUUAUUAUCACCUACUUCAUCGGCUGGGUAUUUAUCCAUGAGAAAGCUUAUCAGACCAAGGAGACGAGAAUCGAGUCCACGGUGAUCACCAAGGUGAAAGGUUUUGGCCGUUCUCAGUUGCCGAACGGAAUUGAGAAAGUGAUGGACGUGGCUGACUAUGUGAUUCCUCCACAGGGAGGGGAUGUUUUCAGCAUCAUCACAGCUACCCAGAUUACAGAGAACCAGGUCCAGGCAACCUGUCCGGAGGUAUGGGCAAUCAGCUUGUGGGAUGUUGCUGUGUAA